AUGACAAAAGAAAGCAGCGUGUCAUCGCCAUACCAUUCAGUUGUUCACUCCGCCUUAACCCCGACUUUCUCGCAUGACCAUUGGGACAGGUACUACAAUCUCCGCUACACGGUACUUCGUCAGCCGUGGCAGGAUCGGUUGGGCAGCGAGAGAGACCGCUCCGAUAAGGAAGCCGCGGUGGUCCAUGUGGGGAUCUUUGAUGCAGCGCGUGAGUGUGUCGCAUGCGCUAGAGUUGAGGAGACACCAGAGUCCUCUGCCGCAGCUCCAACGUAUCAGGUGCGCUACGUCGCUACUGACGACACCGUGAGAGGUCAAGGUUUGGGACGCAAGGUCAUGGAGGCCGUGGAGAAGUGCGCAGCGGACGCGGCUAAGCAGAAGUAUGCGCUGUCCAAGGUUCUCAUUCUACUUAACGCGCGAGAAGUGGCCUUGGGGUUCUACGAGAAAUUGGGCUACACGCUCGUGUGUAAAACCUACUUGAUGUACGGACUGGUCCAACACUACCAAAUGACCAAGGCAAUAGAGCUUUAG